AUUAUCUUGCGGGCGCGGGCUCGACUAAUUUUAGUUCAACUCUUCUAACGGAAGUAGGAGGCGCUCUGAAUGUUACCACGGAUAUUGUAAACAGUGGGGCCUAAGAGGGAAACUUGUUACAGUUCUCAGCAAAUAACUGCUCACAUUAAAACAUGGCAGAUUCACCGAGCAGAUCUAACCUAGUUUCUCCCAACUCUGAGGCUUCUGGAAAGAAAUCUAGACAAGAUGGAUCGCGACAGUCAGGAAGAGUUACCUUCCCUAAUUCUGCCAAAUCCGUAUCUUCUGUAUUGUCAGAUGAGCUAAAUGUUCCUCAAGGAAAUCCAUUCAAGAUGCCUGCAGACAGUGACAUAUUUGUUCUUAGAGAUAAAGAAAGACAGAGGAAAAAACUUGAGAGGGAAAAACAACGGAAACUGAGGGUUCAUGAAAAAACAACAUACGCAUCAAAAGUAAACUUCCGCACAGCAUCGAUGAUCAAACCAGCAGACUCAGAUGAAGAGAGGGACAUAGAGGACUCAGACAAAGCUAUCGCCGUGAAGGACGAUCCGGAACACACCAUCGCAGUUACACGAGAUCGACACGUGGAAAAGGAAUCUCUAGCAGAAUACAUAGCCAAGAAGAGGGAAAUGUUUUUAGUCCAAUACUCGCUCGGUGUUAAAAGGAAUGAAAUGAGCAAGCUGGAAGAAAUCUCCCAGGCGGAGGAAAAGAAGCUAGAUCUAGCAGAACUUUACCUCCAGGAAGAUGCUGCCAUGUUUGAUGAAUUCCUCAAAGAGAAUGACCACGGGUCCAAUGAGGCGGUCAGGGAGGCUGAGAAUGAAACAAAAGCUAAACUAGAAAAAGUGGCAGAAAUCAAGAAAGUGAAUGCAGCAAUGAUGGCAAUUAAAUCCGAAAUUUCUAAAUAUGAAGACACAUUGAAAGAAUACCAAAUGUACAGAAAAUUCUUGGACAAUCUCACACCUCAGGACUGGCGCGAUAAGAAAGAGAGACAAAAAAGGAAAAGACGGGACGAGAAGAAAAAAGCCAAAGAGCAGGAGAUGAUUGCGUAUAAAAAGAGUCUUCUAGAGGCAGACCCAAAGGACUUUAAAGCCAAAAAGAAAGCAGCACCCAAACCCACCCCUGCACCCCCAGCCAAAACUGGGGCCCCUGCCAAAAAAAUAGAGGAAGCAGACCUCGGGGAAGAGGAGGAUGACGAGAGUGAUGAGGAUCUGGAAUUAUUCUUUGCACAGCCCCAAGAACUCCUGGACAUUUUUGCCGAUUUAGAGGAACAGAAUUUAUCUCUCAUUCAGAACAGCCAAGAAACAGAGGAGGCAUUAGAAGAAAUGAAACAAACAAUUAAACAAACAAAAGUUAAAAUGGAAAAGGAAACUUCAAUAUUGAAAGAACAAAUAGACAAAUUAAAUUCACAGAUAUCCCGCGAAGAAAUAAAGGCAGCAGAUUUAAAAACUAAAGCGAGUGAAAUGCUUAAGACAAUUCAGGAUUGUGGGUUAUUUUCCUAUGGUGAAUUUAAAGCAGAGGACCAGCAGAAGAUGUUAGAUUCACUAAAUUCCCGAGUUGAGGAAGUAUAUCGAUCAAGUAUUGGUGACAAUGAGGCAAACAUUAGCACGUUACAGAUGUUAACUAAUAUAGAAAACAGGUUAGAAGAAUUAUUUGAAAUGAUAGAAACAAUGCCACAAGAUAAAGUGGAAGCAGCAGAAAAGGCUAAGGAUAAAGAGAGGCGGUUAAAACUCCGAGAAGAAAAGAUUGAACAGCAGCGUCUCCACCAAGAGGAAAGAGUGCGUAAGGCCCUAGAGCGAGCGAAGGCCGAGCCCAAGAAACAGACUGGCCGAAAACUUGUGUUCCGAUCAGAACCUCCCAGACACAAGAAACGAGAGGAUGAUGGAGCGGAUCAAGCCUCUAGAGAGGAGGAGGAACUAGCGUACUUCUUCCAGUACUAAAUACUGUGUCCAUCAUGCUGACUAACUGGGAAAGUCUGUCUUGCCGUUCUCUUGAUGACGGAAGUCAGUCGGAACAUUUCGUCUCAAUGUGCUUCUGUUUACAAUAAAAGGAAAAUAAACAAAA